GCUUCCGGCCGCCCUGAGGGGUGGGGGCGCGUCAGCGCGGGCUUUGCUGGUUGCCGGGAGAACCCGCGACAACAAAAGGCGCGGGCUGAGGCGGUAGCUGCGGUGCGGCGGUGUGAAGUGAAGGCGAAGAGUCCUGCGCUGCGCUAGCCGCGGGAGACUGGGGUUUCUCGAACCGGAGUCCAGAUCUUACAUAAAAUGGAUGUUUCUCACGCUAGAUACUGAAUAUUAAGUAGAAAAUCUGUUUAGUAAAAUCUAAGCUGCCAUGGAAGAAAUACCAGUAAAAGUUGCUGUAAGAAUUAGACCUCUGCUGUGCAAAGAAGUUCUUCAUAAUUAUCAGGCUUGUGUGAGAGUUAUUCCAAACACCCAACAAGUUAUCAUUGGGAGAGAUAGAGUCUUUACUUUUGAUUUUGUUUUUGGCAAAAAUUCCACUCAAGAUGAAGUUUAUAAUACCUGUAUAAAGCCACUAGUGUUGUCACUCAUUGAGGGCUAUAACGCAACUGUUUUUGCCUAUGGACAGACUGGAUCUGGGAAGACAUACACCAUUGGAGGAGGCCAUGUUGAUGUGCUUUCUUUCUCUAAAUUUUCAGCUUCAGUUGUGGAGGGUCAAAAAGGUAUCAUUCCUCGUGCUAUCCAAGAAAUAUUUCAAAACAUCUCUGAAAAUCUUAGCAUUGACUCUAAGAUAAAAGUGUCUUAUAUAGAAGUAUACAAGGAAGACCUAAGAGAUCUUCUAGAAUUGGAGACAUCUAUGAAGGAUCUUCACAUCCGAGAAGAUGAAAAGGGAAACACAGUGAUUGUUGGGGCCAAGGAAUGCCAGGUGGAGACUGCAGAUGAAGUGAUGAGUCUCCUGGAGAUGGGGAAUGCAGCCAGGCAUACGGAUACCACCCAAAUGAACGAGCACUCCAGUAGGUCACACGCGAUUUUCACAAUCAGCCUUCAUCAAGUGGCGAAAAAUAAAGAGGCAGCUGAAGAUGGAUCGUGGUAUUCCCAUCACCAUAUUGUCUCAAAGUUCCACUUUGUGGAUUUGGCUGGAUCAGAAAGAGUAACCAAAACAGGGAAUACUGGUGAACGGUUCAAAGAAUCCAUUCAAAUCAACAGUGGCUUGCUGGCUUUAGGAAACGUAAUAAGCGCUCUUGGGGACCCACGCAGGAAGAGUUCACAUAUUCCAUACAGGGAUGCUAAAAUUACCCGGCUUCUGAAAGAUUCCCUGGGAGGCAGUGCCAAGACCGUCAUGAUCACCUGUGUCAGUCCAUCCUCCUUGGAUUUUGACGAGUCCUUAAAUUCUCUCAAAUAUGCCAACAGAGCACGCAACAUUAGAAACAAACCCACCUUAAACUUCAGCCCCGAGUCAGACCGUAUGGGCGAAAUGGAAUUUGAGAUUAAGUUGCUUCGAGAAGCUUUGCAAAGCCAGCAGGCUAGUAGCAACCAAACUAGCCAGAUCCAUCGGGAGGGGACUCCUGAUAAAAAUAGGAUCCAUUCUCUUGAGGAGCAAGUUGCUCAGCUACAAGGAGAAUGUUUGGGUUACCAAAAUUGUUUAGAGGAAGCCUUUACCUUCCUGGUGGACUUAAAAGAUUCUGUCAGACUAAACCAAAAUCAGCAACACAAACUGCAGGAGUGGUUUAACGUGACCCAGGAGGUCACCUCAUUCAGAGGAGACCAAGGCAUUGGAAACCUGGAAGAAGGACCACAGCAUAUUACAGUUCUCCAGCUGAAGCGAGAGCUUAAGAAAUGCCAGUGUGCUCUUGCUGCUGCUGAAGUAGUAUUUAAUCAGAAGGACCUGGAAGUGAAGGAACUAAAGAAUCAAAUGCAAAUGAUGAUGCAGGAAAACAAAGGACAUGUUAUAUCUUUGAAAGAAGCGCAAAAAGUGAAUAGGUUGCAGAAUGAAAAAAUAAUAGAACAACAACUUCUUGUGGAUCAACUGAGUGAAGAACUAACAAAACUUAACCUGUCAAUGACUUCGUCAGUUAAGGAAACUUGUGGUAAUGGGCCAGAUGCCAGGAUACCUGAAAAGAGACCAUAUACUGUACCAUUUGAUACCCGUUUGGAGCAUUAUAUUUAUAUUCCAGCAAGAUCAGAUUCCAGGAAGGUCUACACAAGUCCUCCUGUAUACUCUCUGGAUCGACUAGUUGCCGGAUUUCGAACACGAAGUCAGAUGCUGCUGGGUCACUUAGAAGAGCAGGAUGAAGUCCUCCACUGCCAGUUUUCUGAUAACAGUGAUGAUGAAGAGUCAGAAGGCCAAGAGAAAUCUGAAAUUAGACAAAAAGGUUGCUCGUGGAUUCAAAAGCCAGGCUCUGUUUGUUCUUUUGUUGAAUUGAAUGAUAUUCAGGAUCAAACACAAAAGUCAAGAUUGGAGAAUGAAGAUUUAAAGAUUGAAUGUCUCCAGGAGAGUCAAGGGUUGAAUUUGCAAAAAUUAAGGAAUUCAGAGCUCAUACUUACUGAAGCUAAACAAAAAAUGAGGGAACUUACUAUCAACAUCAAAGUGAAGGAAGAUCUGAUUAAAGAAUUAAUUAAAACAGGUAAUGAUGUCAAGUCCGUAAGCAAACAGUAUUCUCUGAAAGUAACAAAACUUGAACAGGAAGCAGAACAGGCGAAAGUGGAAUUAACUGAAACGCAAAAGCAGCUUGAGGAACUGGAAAACAAAGAUCUUUCUGAUGUUGCUUUGAAGGUAAAAUUACAGAAGGAAUUUCGUAAAAAGAUGGAUGCUGCGAAGCUAAGAGUCCAGGUCUUACAGAAGAAGCAACAAAAUAGUAAGAAAUUGGCAUCACUGUCGAUCCAAAAUGAGAAACGUGCUAAUGAACUAGAGCAGAAUGUAGAUCACAUGAAGCAUCAAAAGGUACAGCUGCAAAAAAGACUUCAAGAAGAAAAUGAGAAAAGGAAGCAACUGGAUGCAGAAAUUAAGCGGGGUCAACAAAAAAUCAAAGAACUACAGUUAAAAACAGAACAGGGAGAAGGUCUAAAACUGAAAGCUGAGGACCUUGAUGCAUUUAAGACGAAAAGGAGAAAAGGUUCGUUUGGAAGUAUAGACCAACUCCAGAAAUUGGAUGAGCAAAAGAAAUGGUUAGAUGAAGAAGUAGAGAAAGUUCUGAACCAACGCCAAGAAUUAGAGGAGCUGGAAGAAGACUUAAAGAAACGGGAGGCCAUAGUUUGUAGGAAGGAGGCCCUGUUACAGGAGAAGAGCCAUCUGGAAAAUAAGAAGCUACGAUCUAGUCAGGCUUUAAACACAGAUAGUUUGAAAAUAUCAACUCGCCUGAGCUUGUUGGACCAAGAGUUGUCUGAAAAGAAUGUGCAGCUCCAGAACAGCACAGCUGAGGAGAAAAUAAAGAUUUCAGAACAAGUUCAAGCCCUCCAGAAAGAAAAGGAUCAGCUACAGAGACGAAGAAACAGCGUGGAUGAGAAACUUAAAAAUGGUAGUGUGUUAUCACCUGAAGAAGAACAUGUUCUUUUCCAACUUGAAGAAGGGAUUGAAGCUUUGGAAGCUGCAAUUGAAUACAAGAACGAACAUAUCCAGAGUCGCCAGAACUCACUCAGAGCUUCACUUCAAAAUCUCUCUCAUAGUGAAGAAAAUGUCUUAGAAAAACUAAUCUGCCUGAGUCCUGUUGAGAUUAGAGCUAUUCUUUUCAGAUAUUUCAAUAAGGUGGUUAAUCUGCGAGAAGCUGAACGGAAACUACAGUUACAGAAUGAAGAAAUUAAAAUGAAAGUUCUGGAACGGGAUAAUGUGGUUCGUGAGUUGGAAUCUACACUGGAACAUCUGAAAUUGCAGUGUGACCGGAGACUGACCCUUCAGCAAAAGGAACACGAGCAAAAAAUGCAGCUUCUGCUACAUCAUUUCAAAGAGCAAGACGGGGAAGGCACUGUGGAAACUUUAAAAAAUUAUGGAGAUAAAAUCCAGCAGCUGGAAAGAGAGCUUUAUUUCUAUAAGAAAACCAGCAGAGAUCUUAAGAAGAAACUUAAGGAAUUGGUAGGGGAAGCAAUUCGGCGACAACUAGUACCAUCAGAAAAUCAUGAUGCUGGAAAUGGAGUACAGAACCCAGAAGAAGCAGGCAUGGUUUCAGAAGAAUUAAAAUGGGCAUCCAGAACUGAAAGUAUAAAAUUAAGUGGAAGGGAAAGACAACUGGACAGUUCCGCAAGCAGUUCAAGAACACAACCAAAUCCUCAGAAGCUCUGGGAAGAAGGCGCAGAAUUACCACCAAUUUAUAGCUCUUUAGCACCCACUAGUGGGCAUUUGUUAAGCAAUGAGGCCAAAACAGAAAGGAAUGGCAAUCAGUUUACAAAAUCUCACAGUCGACCAACACCCCAAAUUCAGCCAGUAGGAAAUGUGGCACAGUUGCAUAGUGUCACACGUGUAAAGUUGUGUCGCAAAGAGUUACGUCAGAUUUCUGCCUUGGAACUGUUGUUACGAAGUUCCAGUCUUGGAGUUGGGGUUGGGUCUAUGACUGCUGAUUCCAUUGAAGUAGCUAGGAAAAUGAGUGACUUAAAAACUUAGGCAUUUAAUAAGAAAAAUUUUAAUUUAGUAGGUGGGUAAGAUUCCUUUUUCUAAUCUGUUAAAAAUUAAAGCUUAAGCUCACUAGCUGUUCCCUCAGGAUAAAAGAAGAAGGGGAGGAAGUAAUCCCUAAUCCUUUUGUAUACCAUGGAUAUGUGUAUCUUCUAUAGUAUAUUUGAGGAGUUUUAAUUUGUAUUUCCAUAAUAACCAAACACAUACUUUAUCAAGUAAUGGAACAUUUAAAUGUUUCCACUUCUAAAUUUGCUUAAAAUUUUUUCCAGGCAUAUUUGAAGAACAAAACUAAGAGUAGAAUAAUAAACUAAAAUAUCCAUUAAAUGUAUAUUAUUAUAUAAUAUAAAAGUAUAUUAUUAAGUAUAUUGUAAUAUUAUAAGAGUAUGUUAUAAUACAAUAAUUAUAAUAUAAAUUUAUAUUGUUAUUCUCAAAUACAAGUAUAUUUUGUUAUUUUUUUAAAAAACAGGGGGCUUCCCUGGUGGAGCAGUGGUUGGGAAUCUGCCUGCUAAUGCAGGGGACACGGGUUUGAGCCCUGGUCUGGGAGGAUCCCACAUGCCGCGGAGCAACUAGGCCCGUGAGCCACAACUACUGAGCCUGCGCGUCUGGAGCCUGUGCUCCACAACAAGAGAGGCUGCUAUAGUGAGAGGCCCGUGCACCACGAUGAAGAGUGGCCCCCACUUGCCACAACUAGAGAAAGCCCUCGCACAGAAACGAAGACCCAACACAGCAAAAAUAAAUAAAUAAAUUACUAAAACUCCUACCCCCAACAUCUUAUUUAAAAAAAAAAGAAACAAUUAAAUAUUGCUUAUAUCAGAGAGAGAGUCACCUGCUGCAUAUGUUUUGGCUGAAACAGCUGAAAAUUUGUGCCAGAAUGCACUCUAUGGGCUAAGGCAACUGGCUAGGUUUAGGGAUUAAGGUUAAUUUAUGCUCCUCAGAGGCUGAGUGAUCAUUCUUGACUUUUUAAACACGGUCUCUGCUCUUUUUUCUGGAAUUGCUUUUAGAGUAUUAUAUUAUUGGUUUGCUAAUAUUUUGGAAUAUAGGUUUAUCAUCUCUCUCUUGCCCUAUCUAUUCAGCAUAUCUCUCAUUAUGCUACUAAAAUUGGGAGAAAUGAAUACAGUUCCAUGGAAUAGGGAAACAAGGACAGAAUAACACUGAAGUAUUCUAACAUAUCAAGGAAAAGGUAUCUAGUCAUAUGGAGUACACCUAUAAAGCUUGACAUCUAGCCAGAGGAUCUUUAGCUAAUAAGUUGAUGGGCUUAAUCUGAGAUUUUUUUCCUCUACAACCUGGUUAGUCAGGCCUGUACACAGGCCGCCCAGAUUGCACGGGGGUUGUAAAUAUGUAAAUGAAAUUUUUUCUUCAAGAUAUUUUUGGUCUAAAUCUUAUAUAAUGUAAACCUCAGUUUGGAAUUAAGAACUAAACAUUGCUUUGCCCAACAAAUUUUUCAUCGUAGUUUUCAAUCACAGAAAACAUUUCAUUAUAAUGACCAGAGGUAUGAUUUUGUUACUUAUAUUGUUAUUUUUGUUACUUUUCCAAACUUUUGCUUGUAAAAUAAAGUUUUUUCUUAAACCAAUUAAUGUUUGUUUGGGGGGCAGUAGCAAAAUCACCCUGAUUUAUGGAAGCUUACUCCAUGAGAGUAACCCACUUUAUUACUGACUCCAACUUUUCCUACCUGAUACUAAGUUUUUUUUGUUCUUUCCUUUGUUGCUAUUGACCCUGACCAUCUUACCUAAGACCCAGACUGUUGCCCUGUGCUCAAAGACUGUUUUCCUUUUCUAUUUUCUAGCCCCUAGGAAGUAGGGUUCCUUGGUCUUACCGGUAAAAAACAGUUCCUAUAGGAGAAGAAAACCAAGCCAAAACAAACUUCUAAAUUGGUGAAUAGUUUCUAGAUCUCUUAAGUAUGGUAUUAAAACUCAUUUGAAUUAUGGGUUAAAUAGACUUCUGUGGACUUAACCUGGAAACGGAACCACAAGUUAUAACUUCGGCCCAAUGAGAAACUGUUUCAACCAACAAA